UUUCGUCCCCAUUAACCCCCCCACUCCCUUUCCUGCAAACUUAAACAGACUCCACCCCUUCUUUCUGUCUCUGUUCACUUCAUCUUCUUCACUCUCAAAAAAAAAAAAAAAAAACUCAAGAGUCUGAAAGUGACAGGGAUUUCGUUCAUUUAUUCUUUUGUUCAUUCAAUGACAAAUCAAACUCAAAUUAAAUUAAUUUAAUUUAAUUUAACUCAAAUCUUUUCAUCUUCAUAAAUACGUUACUUUUUUCCACUCUUUACUUUUUAGUGUGAUUCAUUUGAAUAAGAAAAGAGGAGAAGAAAGAACAAAAAUAAUCUUGAUUAAUUUGAGUUGCUUUGAAAUGGGUUUUGCUCCAUUUUUUAUGGGGAUUCGAGCUUUGGUAAAUCCAUGAAUUUGUGAUUUUUGGUGGUGGGGUUUCAAGAAUUCAGAAGAGGGAUAUUCAGUUUUCUGCUCCCAAUCAAAUUCAUCCAUAUGAACUCAUUUUGCUUUGAUCAUGGAUGUGAAAACGAGCAAUGACAGUGAAACCUUUGAAUCUAAGAUUAGUUUUUCCGAGUUGCUUGAGCUUGCAGCUGAUAAUGAUGUGGAAGGGUUUAAACAAUGUAUAGAGUCGAACCCAAUUGUGAUCGACGAGAUUGGUUUAUGGUAUGGCCGACAAUUGGGGGUUGUUCGGGGGAUGGUGUUGGAGUACAGAACGCCGUUGAUGGUUGCAUCCAUGUAUGGGAGUUUAGAUGUGAUGAAGGCUAUUCUUUCUCACUCGAAGGUGGAUGUAAACAGGUCAUGUGGCACUGAUAAGUGCACUGCCCUUCAUUGUGCUGCUUCUGGGGGGUCUGUUGUUGUUGUUGAUGCAGUGAAGCUGCUGUUAGCCCAUGGUGCUGACCCGAGUCUAGUUGAUGCCAAAGAGAACCGUCCGUGUGACGUGAUCACUGUCUCGCGGAUGGUUCCCGAGCUGCAAGUUGCCAUUGAAGAUUUGCUUACUUGUCAUGGUUCUACUUAUCCGAAGGAUCUCCGUGAUUCAGAAAAUGGGUUGAAAGAUCUUCGUGAUUUAGGAAAUGGGUUGAAAGAUCUUCGUGAUUUAGGUAAUGGGUUAAAGGUUGCUCCUCCUUCAUCUCCAAUGUCCUCAAAGAAGGAAUACCCUAUAGACCCGUCUUUACCCGAUAUAAAGAACACCAUUUAUUCCACGGAUGAGUUUCGGAUGUACUCGUUUAAGGUCCGACCUUGUUCUCGACCUUAUUCCCAUGAUUGGACCGAGUGCCCGUUUGUCCAUCCGGGGGAGAAUGCUAGGAGAAGGGACCCUAGGAAGUACCAUUACAGCUGUGUCCCUUGUCCCGAGUUUCGCAAGGGUACUUGUAGACGUGGUGAUAUGUGUGAGUAUGCUCAUGGUGUGUUCGAGUGUUGGCUACAUCCAGCACAGUAUAGGACUAGACUGUGUAAAGACGGAACGAGCUGUAAUCGCCGUGUUUGCUUCUUUGCACAUCUCGUUGAGGAACUCCGACCUCUUUAUGCUUCAACGGGGUCUGCUGCUGUUCUUUCACCCCGUUCAGUGACCUCUGCUGCUGUUAUGGAUAUGGCUGCUGCCCUGAAUCUCUUUCCUGGUUCACCAUCUGGAUAUUCAUCUGCCAUGUCACCCUCACCAUUCACACCACCACUAUCUCCUUCUGGGAAUGGCUGUGGGCCGGGUCGGGUCGGGCUAUGGACUGAGCCCACACCAAGCCCACUUUACACACCAAGCCCGCUUUACAUCGUGCCGGACAGGGCUGAAAAUUUCAAAACAGGGCACAACCCCUUGUUUUCUCCUUCACACAAGUCUGAUAUGGCUGCUGCCCUGAAUCUCUUUCCUGGUUCACCAUCUGGAUCAUCAUCCGCCACACCAUUCACACCACCACUAUCUCCUUCUGGGAAUGGCUGUGGGCCAGGCCGGGUCGAGAAUUUCAAAACAGGGCCCAAACCCUUGUUUUCUCCUUCACACAAGUCAGCAGUUUUUAACCAUUUUCAGCAGCAGCAACAAAGCAUGUUGUCACCUAUAAAUACUACCAAAGUUUUCUCCCCCAAACAAGUUGAUCAUCAUCAUCAUCAUCAUACCCUUUUACAGCCAUCAUUCGGGCCAUCUUCACCAAGUAUGAUGUCAUCACCUCAGUCUUCCUUCAGUGCUCGGUUCUCUGCUCUUGCUUUGCGCGACAAACAGCAGCAGAUGCGCAGUUUUAGUGCGCGUGAUCUCAUACCCGAGAGUGGUGAGAUGGGUGGUUCUCCUAUGAGUGUGGUGGGUUCAUGGUCCAAUAAGUGGGAAUCUUCAUCCAGUGGAAGAGCUGAUUGGUCCAUCAAUGGUGAAGACUUGACCCAUUUGGAGGAGCCUGAUCUUUCUUGGGUUCGAUCAUUGGUCAAGGACCCACCAUCUUUCGAAAAUAAAGAGGUGCAGAGUAAUGCAGUAUCUGGUUCAAUGCUUUGUGCUGAUGGUUCAAACUCUAACUCUCAGGCUGAAUCUGUGGACAGUUCGGCUUUCGGGGCAUGGCUUGAUCAGAUUGCUGCUCAGUAAUACUUGGACUGAAGCUUGAAUUUUGGAGAGAAUGAAAACCAAAGUUUUCAUUUAUAUUUUCCAGGAAAAAAAGAUCAAAAUUCAGAAGACUACAAUUGACAGUAGGAGGGAGUUGAAGAACAUUCAUCAAGAUUAUUUUUUUACUCAAUAUUAUUUCAUUAUUUAUUAUUAUUAUUAUUGUUAUUAUUAUUACUACAGAAACUAAAGAGAAAAUAUAGAAUGGAAACCUAUCUGGGUUAUUUGCAAAGUUGUUUCCCAGCUAGGUAAUUCUUUGGUCAUUUAUUACUCCAAUACAGUCAAUCAGUUGAUCAAUUUCUAUGUAAUACAAGUAUUUCUUUUGUUCGUGAA